AUGCCGAGAAGGGCUGUGAGAUGUCUCGUGGACUUAAAUCUAAAUGCGACAUAUUUUACAAGUUUAGAAGUUGAAGAUGUAUCAGAUUUGUUACAAGAUGAACUAGUUGUUAUUGAGUUACUUCAGUUAUCAGAAUAUUCUGAUGGAGCUGUUCAUCUUGCUACGUAUACUAACAACGUCCGAGACUUCCUAUACCCGUACGAAACUAAUAAAACAACCUUCGUAUCUCGUGAUAGAGAUAUCUUUCUAGAGAGAACUGUCGCUUUCCCUGGAAUUUCCCCUAAAUUAGAAUUUUCAUCUCGUGUGGCUUUAAAAGAAUCAUACUCAGAAGAACUGGAUGCUUUAGAAGAUGCUAUAGAUUAUCAUAAAUCAACAAUUAAAGAUAUUAGAAGAACUAAAAGACGACCGAGAUCUUUAUCUCCCAAGAGACGAAAUCGAAAUUCCAACAAAAUAACCUCAAGAACUGUAACGUGGAAAACACGCAGAAGAAAGGAUCCAGGACUAGCACCAGAAGGUUUAUCAGCCAGACAAAUAGUUGAUGAUUUCCAGGUGGAUUAUGAAAAUUAUCCGAGCUAUACUCCGAGGUCUAAAAAUGAGGGGAGAAGUUUUGACGAUUAUAAAAAAUUUACACGAGAGAGGGAUAGGACAAGAACUCUACAAGGGGAGGGAACUGGUGAUAUAGAUUAUACCAACUAUGAAACAUUCACUGAAAGACGUCGCGAAGGAAUGCGAGCGUAUCCCAUGGAUGAUAUGGAUAUUGAUGUAUAUCGAAAACGUCCCAUUAGACGCAAUGUUCGGCCGUCUGGUGGGCAAUAUCCCCUGGAUGAUAUGGAACUAGAAACAUUCAGAAAAACUCCUAGAGAAAGAGUUCGGUUUGGAGAUUAUCCUAUCAACGAUAUAAAUCCUGAUCCUUAUUCCAGACGUCCAUUUGAUAAUUACUACCCUGAAAGAGAAUAUUUAAAUGGAGAUCCUGGUAGAUCAUAUCCUUUAGAUUUACAACAAUAUGAACCCAAGUCUCGAAAUGAAAGAGGUCGAGCUCCCUUUUCAACUGACGACUAUCAAAGUGAUCCUUUCGACUCUGGAAACUUUUCUUUUGGUCGACGAGGACCGUCUGAUGAUGAGUAUGAUCCCUAUGAAGGUAGAAGAUACCCAUUUGAUGAUAUGGAUCUUGAUUUGAGAAGGAAACCGAGAUAUGAUCGAUACGACCCUACUGAUAAAAGAGACAACAGGCUACGACCUUCAGCAGAUGAUUUGGAUAAUCAUCUACGAGGAAGACCAGAACUUGCUGGAAGAAAAGUUUACCCAGCAGACGAUAUGGAUAUCUUUUUGGGAAGACUGCAUCCUGAUUUUGAUGAUGAUGAUGAUGAAAGCCUACAAGGAUAUACUGGACCUUUUGAAACAGAAUCUGACUCAGGACUCAGACCAAGAAUGAAAAAACGUGGUAAGAAGAAACUGACUCCGAAGUCAAAAUCCAAUCUGCAUACUCCUACCAUUAGAAGGAAAUCUGCAUCUCCAAGAAGAACUGCUUCCCCUAGACGACCUGCUUCUCCUCAGUUAAAAAGAUCCAAUGAUCCAGUAUCCAGAAGAGCAAGACCACCGUCUGCUCCCGUCUCCCAGAAUACACCCAGACGUGUCAUGCGCAAACCUGUCCAAAGAUCAGAUGAUUACCCAAAACGAUCCUUGGUUCAAAGACCAAUUUCACCAAGAGGUACCCCACGGCGCCAAAGACCUGCUUCUCCAGGGCGAGCACCAUUGUACCAAAGACCUGCAUCCCCCAGAGGUACCCCUAGACGUCAAAGACCAGCUUCCCCUGGACGUGCAACAUUGUAUCAAAGACCUGCAUCUCCAAGGGGUAUCCCAAGACGUCAAAGACCAGCUUCCCCUGGACGCGCACCUUUGUAUCAAAGACAGGCAUCUCCAAGUGGUACCCCAAGGCGUCAAAGACCAUCCUCCCCUAGGGGAGGCCCCAUGUAUCAAAGACCGGCAUCUCCCAGAGAACAACAACCAUUGUUCCCAAGAUCUACUUCACCAAAUCGUUCUUCCUUACUACAAAGACCCUCAUCUCCUGGACCCACAUUACGUCAAAGACCGCCUUCUCCAAUGGGUGGUUAUAUCUCAAGACCUCCCUCUCCUAGAAGAACAAUUCACAGACCUGAUUUAAUGCCAACUCAAAGACCAGGUUCACCUCCUAGGAUGACACCACGAGAUGGUUAUCCAGCUAUGCCCCGACAGCCUUACACUGGACCUGUCAGCUCUGGAAUGCACCAUCCCUCCUCUGCACCUCCGCCUUACCCCUCAAGAUUCCCAACUCGGUCAGCUUCUCCCCUUCGUAUGAAUCCUCGGAACAACAUGAAAGAUGUGAUCCAACCAGAAAACUACACCUCUCUACCUCCUAGACCAAAAGUUGUUAACCACAAGUUUCCCGGAGACAAGUUUUCACCUGGAUAUGGAAAACCUGUUGACCUGAAUUAUAAUUAUAGAUCUCCGUCACCCACCUUGUCUCAGAGGAUUGAAGAUAUUGAUCUGUACGCCCAUGCUGACAACAGACCUCCAUUUGUUGUACGAAAGUUGGACAGUGAUUUAAUAGGCCGACAGCCUGGUGGACUCCUCGCUGCUAACGCCAGAUCUAAACCUCAUAAAUGUAUCCGAGUCAACACGCAUAAAAAUAAAUUAGCAACAGUCUCGUUUGAUGGUUAUAAUGAUUUGAAUGCCUAUACUAAUAUAAAAAGAAAUUACGCUAAACCAAAGUUUUCAAGUACUAUAACAUCACCAGUACCAAGAUAUAAUGGUAGUAGACGAUAUCUUGACAGUGAUGAUAGUGAUUUAGAUGAUGAUUCAGAAGUAGCUGGCUACACCUCCAGAAUAAGACCAUCAAGAGCUCGAUCUGUUAGUCCAGGUCUCCGCCGACCUCGUAGUGUCAGUCCCCGCGCUCGACUCGGAGCUGGUCCCGGUUUAUCUAAGGUCCCAUUUGGUGAUCGUAGCUCCAGAAGGGACUAUUCCAGCCCUUCCCUUAGAGCAAGAAGUCCCUUCCGUAGCGGUUUAGAUGAUCCCCCUCUCUCUUAUUAUGGAAGAGACGUAAGUCCAAAACCCGACCGAGAUGACGUAAGCAAUCUUAAGAAACUGAGACCCAAGAAAGGUGUUAAAAAAAUUCCAAAAAAGAAAGUUAAUCCAAGAAUGGAUAAGGAAAAUAUUGGCAGGCCAAAAUCUUUAUUGAACCCAAAAUAUGACCCUUUGUUGGAUUUAGAUGAACCUGUCAGGGAUAUUGCCGAUGAUCAGAGUUCAGCUAGGACAGAUGAUAGCGAUGGAAAUCCUGGUCUUGGAAAUAGAGAUCCUUAUGGACAAGGUUCCAGAGGUUCCAGGGACAAGGUAGGUCCUCAUGGGUACCCCCGGGACAUUCAAGACCCUAAUACAAAAAGAGAUCGUUUGGGAACAUCCCCUAGGAGAGGUCAAGACCCUUAUGCUACAGCUGCAAGAGAUCCUUAUGCCAGAGAUGGAGCCAGUCUGGAUAGAGUCCCUAUUGCUGCAGAUCCUUAUUUGAGAGAUAUUGCUGAUCCCUACACCAAAGAUGGAGUGGACCCUUGUGGUGAACUAGCUGACCCUUAUGGACAGGAUCCUUACUCAGGGAAUAGAGCAGACCCUUAUACUGGGCUUGAACAAAGUCCUUAUGCUGGGCCAAGACAGAGCCCUUAUGCUGGGCCCAAACAAAUUCCUUAUGCUGGGCCAAGACAGAGCCCUUAUUCCAGAGAUGCACAAAUUCCUUACAAUGCAGAAACACCUGGCCUUGAAAGAGGUGGACUCGAUUCUUAUCUUUUCACAGGAAGUCUAACAGAUCCUUAUAGAAGAGAUGUAGACCCUUAUGCCAGAGGUCCUGACAGAAAUAAAGCUGGUCCUAUUGGAUUUGAGGCUGAUCCUUAUAGACAGCUAGGACCUCUUGGGGGCAAAACUGAUCCUUAUGCUAAAGAUCUUGGAUACCCCUUUACUAGUUAUCCUGCUGAUCCUUAUUCUGGUCCCAAUCCUAGAGAUCCUCUUUCUGAAGUCAACCCUAAUGUCAGAGGUUAUGCUGAUCCAUAUUCAAGAGAGAAUUUUCAGAAUCCAGAUUUGUCUGAUCCAAAUGCAAGAUACCAGCCAGAUAGUUAUGCCCCAUAUGGAUUUGGAGACAUACAUGAUCCAUCCACAAAACUGAGAUCAGAUCCAACAAUGAAUUCAUUUGAUCCCAAUAAAGUCAUGAAAUUUGAUAAGCCCUUAUAUGGAGGUGAUGGAUGUGAACCCAUGAGAAAUAGAUUUGAUCCAUAUCCAGCCGAGUAUGGACAGGAAGCCGGUAGAUCUCCAGUAGCAGGCAGUAGAUAUGAUCCAGUGAGAAAUGGAUCAGACCCAUAUCCUGUGCGAGACCCAGGGUUAACUGGAAGAUCCCUAGGGGCUGGGGUAAGGGAAGGUGACCCAGGAGUUAGGUUUGAUAAUCGUGGAAGUUUGAGACCAGAAGUCGAUUCUGCCCCACGUCAGGUUUCUAGUAGUGAUUCUGGUAGGUCAGGGAGUCCAGCACGAGGCUCAAAUAGGAAACUGACCCCGAGAAAAGGGCGAAAGGUUGCUUCAAUGCCUUUAAGUAGUGACUACACUAGGUCUGGUAGUCAAACACGAGGCUCCAGUAAAAGAGCAAGUCGAAAGUCUCCCCUAUCUGGUACCAAAGAAAUUGGAAUCUCUGGCACAAUGACGACAAAUGCAGACAGACCAAAGUUCACAGAUUUUAGACUGUAUCAUGACGAGGAACCAGUAAGGGACGUUCAGUCAGUAGAUCGAGUGUCAAGGAAGGAUCAGUUUGAACAAGAUAAAUUGAGGUCAGUUGAUAAGGAAGAAAGGAAUGUGAGGUUUGAAAGUUCAGGUUUGCAGGAAGAUCCUGGUGUUGUAGAUCCUACUGGUGAUGAUGAGCUAGAUACUUGUCAUGUUUCACAGUCAGUUAAACACUACUCUCAAUCCGGCUAUCCUGAUGAUGAUGAAGCUUCAAAUGUAGCUCAUGAUGGUUUCACCAAACAAAAAUCAGUUUAUUCUUACUCUAAAAAUACCAAACGAGAGGAAAUGACUUAUCCAUCAAGCCAAGAUGCCUCCACGCUUGGAGAAGGUUCAGAAUGGUCGAAGAGAAGAAGUGAUCGAUUUUCUCCGAGAACAUGUAGGGCUGAUGCUUAUUAUGAUCAAGUAUUAUUGGAUGGUUCCGGCAAGGCUCCACUACCAAGUCGACCUAUUAGUCCAGUUUUAAAUAAAGGGAGAUUCAGAGACAGAUUUUCCGAAUCACCGUUUUUCAGCACUUCCAGCAAACUAUCAGAGCGAGUAAGGACCUGA